ACAUCUUUUCAGUUGAGAUUAACUGUAAGUUCAUCUAUUGUAGAUGCGGACUGUGGGAGUCUGCUCUCUGAAGUAUAGAGACUCUUGCAGGAGGUGGAGGAAUUGUGAUGGAGCUGCACUGUUUGUUGCACUGGAGCCAUAGUAUGAAUGGAGAGGGUUUUAGAAAUAAUCUGAGUAAUCUUGUUUCCACUGCAGAGUAUGAAAAGCCUUCCUGAGCAGUAAUGGAAAUGCAGGCAAGAAAACAGAAAAUGUCACAAACAUAUUCAGGCAACUGUACUUCAAUUUGUUCCAAAAGCAAAUGUGCAUAUGUGUAGCUAUAACACAUUAAGAAUUGCUGUGAGCAAUAAAUUGACACAGAAUAAUUCUGAUUGCAGAAGAACUAGUCAACUUCCACAAGAUUAUAAAAAUGAAUAAGAAGAAUAUAAAGGCAGUCAUGUUCACUUAUUUACAUUUAUCCAUUCUGCUUACUUAGAAAGCAAGAUAGGGCUAAUCAUCCUUUAUGAAGGAACUAGAUUUUGUGCUUACAGAAGAAAUGUGAAGUAUUUUUCAUACAUGCUGCAUGUCUUAUGAUUGCUUAAUGCUCGUUUGUGUGCUGUUACUGUAAAGUUGUGGGAAAUGUCAAAUACUACAUAAUCAGCAGAAUCAGACCAAUAAUAAUAUGGGAGGUGUUAAUGAAGAAAAUGUUUGUUUCAUGUUCCAACAUGCAUCCUCUACAGAAUUAAAACAGAGGACUAAAGCUGGUUCAGGAUGUGCAUGUACAGACAACAUAAAGGUGCCCUCUAACUCGAAGAAGAGGGAAAUGGCUGAAAACAGGAUUGCUCUGCACAGGGCAUAAAACACAAUGAAGAAAAAAAAAAACAGCCUUUGCCCAAAAUCUGAAACAUGACAAAUUCAACACAGUUCAAAUUUAAGAAUGAAAGUAAUUAUGCAUGCUUGAAAAUACGAUUGCAGGCCUGCUUUGUAGGCUAUAGUCUAUUAACAUUGCCCUGACAGAAGAAAGAAAAAAUCUUACAAGAGCAGAGUCUAAAUGUGGGACACAGCCUCUCUGCUCUCUAGCAGCCAAUAACAUGCUUGCAAAACAGUUCUGUUGGUAAAAUGUUUCUCAUUAUAACGUAGGUAACCACAGACUUGCAUGCAGCUGAAGUUGUGCAAUCUUUUCAGACAGACUUGAGAGAGCUUUCAGGGAUAAAAAACUGCUCUUCCUAGAUGAACAGCCUUCCAGUGAUUGAAGACUCUUGAUCUGCUGGAUCAGCUCCUUCCAGAUGCCCUUUGACAUAUAUUCUGCUGUGUAUCAUACUGGCCCUUUUUUCCCCAAAGUGCUUCAUAGAGAGGACACUAUAUAGUGUAUUGCAGAAGACAAAAGCUGAAUACUUUGGGUAAUGAUAAUUGAAGAUGACAGCCCCCUGGCGAAUAUGCUGCAAUAAAAAAUCCGUAUCUAAGAAUGGAAAAACUGAAAUGGACAAUAUGACAGACUCAGAAGAGAAAAUGCAGAUGAAAAAAGAAAUUACCUUACUAAAUGGAGUUUCUUUAAUUGUAGGGAACAUGAUUGGCUCUGGAAUAUUUGUGUCCCCUAGAGGUGUUUUAAUGUAUAGUGCUUCCUAUGGACUGUCUCUAGUCAUCUGGGUUCUUGGUGGGAUCUUUUCACUGUUUGGAGCUUUAUGUUAUGCUGAAUUGGGAACAUCCAUUAUUAAAUCUGGAGCCAGUUAUGCCUACAUCUUGGAAGCAUUUGGUGCCUUUGUGGCCUUCAUCAGACUGUGGUCGUCUUUGCUGAUUAUCGAACCAACAACUCAGGCAGUGAUAGCAAUCACAUUUGCUAACUAUAUUGUUCAACCAAUAUUUCCACAUUGUGAGCCACCCUAUGACGCAGUUAGGUUGAUUGCAGCUGCUUGUAUUUGUUCCUUAACAUUUGUUAAUUGUGUUAAUGUGAAGUGGGGAACUCGAGUACAAGAUAUCUUCACAUACGCAAAACUUAUGGCUCUUAUCUUGGUGAUAUCUGUUGGCCUUUAUAAAAUCAGUCAAGGAAGAACAGAAAAUCUUAGAGCUCCAUUUGAGGGUUCAGCAACAAAUCCAGGAAUGAUCGCGCUGGCUCUGUAUUCCGCCCUCUUUUCCUACGCGGGAUGGGACACUCUGAAUUACGUCACUGAAGAAAUGCAGAAUCCUGAGAGGAAUCUACCUAUUUCUAUUGCAAUUUCAAUGCCUGUUGUGACUGUUGUUUACUUGCUGACUAAUGUAGCAUACUAUGUAGUGUUGGACAUGUCAGAUCUCCUCACAAGUGAUGCAGUGGCUGUGACAUUUGGCAAUGAAACCCUUAGUUACGCUAAGUGGAUUAUUCCUAUAGCAGUGGCCAUGUCUUGCUAUAGUGGGUUAAACUCGUCAAUAAUUGCAGCUUCUAGGCUUUUUUAUGUUGGAGCCAGAGAAGGACACCUUCCUGACAGUCUGAGCUUGAUUCAUAUAAAGUGUUUCACCCCAGUUCCUGCUCUUCUCUUUAAUGGUUUAAUGACUUUGCUUUAUCUCCUUGUGGAAGAUGUUUUUCUUCUCAUUAAUUACUACUGCUUCAGCUACUGGUUUUUUGUGGGUCUGUCUAUUGCAGGACUAAUGUACUUGAGAUACACUCAGCCUCAUAGACCACGGCCUAUUAAACUUAGCCUCUUCUUCCCUAUAGUAUACUGUCUAUGUUCCCUUUUCCUGGUCAUAGUUCCUCUCUACAGUGACACUGUCAAUUCCCUUAUUGGGGUUGGUAUUGCCCUCUCAGGCAUUCCUGCUUAUUACUUGGGAGUCUAUCUGCCAGUUGAAAAAAGACCUAAAUGUCUACAGUGGCUCUCUGCUACAACAACGAAAUACAUACAGAUGCUCUUCUACUGUGCUCUGACGGACCUGGACAUAGAUAGGGAAUUUACAGAAGCUAAGAGUAGAUAGAGCUGUCUUGACAAUUCCUACCUGGAGCAAUUUCUGUAAUCUGAAGUUCUCCCCAUACGUUUGGUUACACUAAAGCACUAACCCAUUGUACUGUGCAUCAGUUUGAUGUCUGUUAAUUUGUGCUUGUUUUAUAAACCCCUUCACUGCCAAAGGCACUUGCCAGUCCCUGCUUACAGGAAUUUUUAAAAAUUUUCUGUUUGUUAAUAGCAGUUAAAUGGCUUAUUGAAUAACACUUUGAAAAUCAUAAAGCACUCUGUGAACAAACAUUUAUUAAUAUGUAACUGCUAAGUAUUAAGUUAAAUCCAAAAGUUUAAUAAAAAUUAAGUCUGGUCAGAAUACUAAGAAAUCAGUUGACAAAUGUAACAAAAGAUGGACAAGAUAUUUACAAGAUUCAAAACUUGAGAGAGGGAAAGAAAGGCAGAGGGAAAAUGGCUGAGCUGGAAUAGCAUAAUAAUUAUUAACUUUUCUGGAAACAGAUACAAGUUUCAUCAUCCUAUUUAAAUGCCUGGAGCCAGGAAAUAGGAAGGGCUAUAAAAGCCAAAUAGAGUUUGGUACUUUCUUCUGACUCAAAGUUACAUUCCUAACUUCCUGGAAGCAAGGGCCUUAGCAUCUUCACCUCUUCUCAUUGAUUCUUUCUUUUGGUAAUGUGCUUUACUCUUCUGUUUGUCAUUUCUACCUUAUUCUACUCACAAUUAUCCCCGUGUCUCUGUACUUGAUCCACUUUGUAAUAAAAAAUGCAAUACAAAGAAAAA